CCUGGUUUAACUUUCUGGACCGUGGUGGCUUGGAAGCCGGUCGGAUCGAGUUCUCUGGCUGCUACCUGCUCUUCUUCGAUGACUGGCCUUUGUUAACCCCAACAUUCUUUCUCGGUACAUCUGUAGGGAUAGUCAGUGCUUAUCAUGGGAGACUACGGCCCCGGAGUGUCGUCGCUCACGGCACAGACACCUGGGAAUCCGCCUGUGUCUGGUACAGAUCAGGAUGAGAUUUCAGUUCUUGUAACAGGCUUUGGGCCAUUCAAGUCUAAUCUAGUGAACGCCUCAUAUCUGAUAGCCUCAUCACUACCACCCUCAUUUACCUUCUCACCUGCCUCUUCAGACGGCUCCGAAGCUGUUCCCCGUCGGGUUUCGAUAAAUGUUCACCCUUCACCCAUACCUGUUGCAUACUCCACGGUGCGGACGACACUUCCUGUCAUUCUCGAUGACUAUGCCAAGACGCACGGGGGACGGCGCCCAGACAUUGUCAUUCACAUUGGCAUAGCAGCAAUGAGGAAUUACUAUUCCGUCGAGACGCAGGCUCAUCGUGACGGGUAUCUGAUGUCCGAUAUCAAAGGCAGAUCCGGGUACGAGGAUGGCGAGAAGCUGUGGAGGGAGCUCGACUUGCCACUGGUGCUGAGAGCUGGCCCCUCAGAGGGACACGCCUCGGAGAAGAAACACCUCAGCCCCCGGCCCCCGAACGAUGAAUUUCUAACAGCAUGGAAGACCUUUUGCCCUCCGGAAACCGAUGCGCGGGUCUCCACUGAUGCCGGACGCUAUCUCUGCGAGUUCAUCCUGUACACCAGCUUGGCACUGGCGUACCAGGCAGGUGAGGAUCGCAAUGUCACUUUCUUCCAUGUUCCUGCGUCAUGCUUGGAUGAGGAUAUAGAGACGGGCAAGGAGGUCGCCGUCGCGCUGAUCAAGGCUCUUGUGACUAGCUGGAGUGAGCAGCAACACAGCGUUUCCUAGCAUUUGAAUGGCUUUCUAAAUUUUGGAGUUGUGACAUUGAGUGAUUACUAGCAGCUUUGGUUUAUCGGUGGUUCUAUCUGAUUACUAUAGUUUUGGUUAUAUUUGCAUCAUUGGAUACGUGUGGGCGCCUGAUGGUCAUGAUUGCAUCACACCUAGCACCGCACAUUUCGAGCAUAAGGAGUGUCGAUAUAUAAUCACCAUCGUCUAAUUA